CAUUCUUCCUUAUUACUUCAAUUUCUCGGCUACUAUAUAACUUCAGCUCCCAAUCUCAAACUUGUCACACUCAAAAGUACAUCUUUUACAUCUCUAGUACUACUAAUUAACUCUGAAAAUGGCAGUUACCAAUAUUCUCCUAAUUAUUGUGGUCCUUGUUGCUAGUGCACUUGUUUUACCAACCAAUGCAAGGAGCCUUUCCAUGAAAGCUACAAAAGCCGAAGAUGAACAGAAGACGCUUUUUCGCCGCCCUUUACCGCCAUACCUUGGUCGCAUAGGCGGUCACGGGAUUGGUAGGCCCGCUUUUGGUGUAGGGCCGGGUUUUGGAGGCGGUUUUGGUAAUAAUCCUUUUGGGGGAAUAUCUAGUGGAAGUGGCCUAGGCGGUGGUGGAUUAGGUUUUGGAGCUGGAACGGGUUUCGGGUCCAUCAUUGGUGGUGCCGGAGGUUUCGGAUCUAGUGUAGGCUUUGGCAAUGGCGGAGGUUUUGGUUUUGGUGACGAUGGAGGUAGUAGUUCUAAUGGUAAUGGUGUAUUUGCUGGUGGCCAAGGUGAAGGAGAUGAUGCAGCAAUUGGGAAUCAAAAUCCUUGAAUUCUUCACAUGAUAUGUUACUAGCUAGUAUUAAUUACUAGAUUCCACAAAUAAUAGUAACUUCGUGUUGCACUAAUUACCAAGUAGGAGAAUUACUCUUCUUUCAAAUAUAUAUUCGUAUUGUUUUGCAUGUUUUAGUAAUUCUUACUAUGAGUCAAGUUUGUAGUUUGUCCGAAUAUGCAAGUUUUAAUUAAAUAGUUACUGUAAACAGGUGCCUUGCAAAGUUAAUAAUUGCAUGUAAAUAUU